AUGGCGGCAUCUGGCUCGGGGGCCGCGGCGGGAGCCGGGCCGAGCUCCUCUUCGUCGUCCGCGGGCGGCGGCGGCGCGGCCGGGGGGUCCUGCUCCGCCGUGGCCGCCGCGGCCGCCUCCAACCCGCGCAAGUUCAGCGAGAAAAUCGCCCUGCAGAAGCAGCGGCAGGCCGAGGAGACGGCGGCCUUCGAGGAGGUGAUGAUGGAGCUGGGCACGACCCGGUUGCAGGCCCAGAAGCUGCGCUUGGCACAUCGACGGGGGCCUUACUACGGCGGCUCACUGCCCAACGUCAACCAGAUCGGGAGCGGCACCUCUGAGUUUCAGGGCCCUCUCCAUUCGCCUCUGGAUUCGGCCCGGGGCACGCGGCACCACGGCUUGGUGGAAAGGGUGCAGCGGGACCCCCGCCGCAUGGUGUCUCCGGUCUCCCGCUACAUGCGUCAGGUGGACAGCUCCCCCUACAGCCCCGCGUACCUGUCGCCUCCCGCCGAGCCCAGUUGGAGGAGGACCAUGCCCUGGGGUAAAUUUCCCACGGAGAAAGGACACCUGUUUAGGCUGCCGACGGUACUCAACAGAACAAAUUCCGACUCUGCCCUGCACACGAGCGUAAUGAACCCCAACCCGCAGGACAUGUACCUGGGCCCCUCCCAGGGCGUUCCCCCUCCAAAUCGCAAGACUGGUUACCUGGAUGGGGACGUUGAUAGCAAAGUGUUCGUUUUCCAAGUGCCUUCCAUCGAGGAGAGCCUCCCAGACGACGGCAAGCAGUUGCUGAAGCCCUGGGACACCAAAAAGCUUUCCUCGCCGUCUGCCCGUCCGAGGUCCUGUGAGGUUCCUGGGAUCCAUAUCUUCACGUCACCAGACCAGCCUGCCAAUAUGCCUAUGAUCCCCACUGCCCUUAACACGGGGGGCUCCCUCCCGGACCUCACCAACCUGCACUUCCCGUCCCCGCUGCCCACGCCCCUGGACCCGGACGAGUCGGCCUACCCCAGCUUGAGCGGCGGGAGCAGCACCGGCAACCUGGCCAGCACCAUGACGCACCUGGGCAUUGGACCCGGCUACGACUCUCCCGGGCUGUGCUCACCUAUGCAGAGCUCCCUCAGUAACCCCUGCAUCCAGUCCGCACUCAGCAACCCCUGUCUGCAGGGCUCCCUCAGUAACCCCUCGCUGCGCUCCUCCCCCAGCAGCUCUUCCAUCCCCUCCUCCAUGAGUAACCAGUCCCUCCCUUCCUCCCUCAGCACCCCCUCGCUCUCCUCCUCCCUCAGCAACCCCUCUCUCCCCACCUCUCUAAGCACCCAGGUGGGGGGCCCCGCCCCCGGCAACCCCGCCGCCCAGCAGCCCGGCUUCAGCGGCUCCUCCCCCUCCUCCGCUUCCUCCCCCCCCCCCCCCCCCGCCCCUUACCCCCCCCACGCCUCGCCCCGGCGCAGGGUCCCGCUCAGCCCCCUCACCCUCCCCAUGGGUGGAGACUCGAGAAGGCAGCACCCAAAACAGUUUUCGCCAACUAUGCCACCCACAUUGUCCUCCAUCACACAGGGGGUGCCACUGGACACCAGCAAGCUGCCCGCCGACCAGAGGCUCCCUCCGUACCCAUACAGCCAGCCCGGCUUUCUUCUCCAGCAGAACCAGAAGCCCCUCCAUCACCAGCAGGCGCAAGGCACGGGGGCUUCGCAACCUGGACGGCAGCCGCCCGCCCCUCCACACAUGCAGUCGCAGUGCCCGUACCCCUCGCAUUACCAGCCCAACUCUGCGCUCCAGCACCAGCUCAACCAGCCGCUGGGUGACUUUGGCCUGGGCAGUUUUGAUCAGUACGGCAUGGUCGAGAACACGCCAGGGGGCUAUGGAUUCAACAACAGCGCCUUCCCAGGAGACCUGGGUGCCUUAAACUACCCCAUGGGGGACAACAUGGGCCUGUCGGGAGGUGGCGGCGGUGGCAGCAGCACACACGACCCCCGUCUGCUCAACCGCCAGAACCUGAGCCACUGCAGCCGCCAUGGCCCCAUUCCCAACAUUAUCUUCACAGAGGAUUCCCCUCCAGGUAUCUCCAAGGAGAUUGCCAACGUCUUGGCCAGCAUGCCCGGUUUUGAAGUGGACUCCUCCCUGGGCUUGGACGAGGACCUGAAGAUCGAGCCGCUCACGUUGGACGGACUCAAUAUGCUCAACGACCCCUACACCCUUCUGACCGACCCGGCAGUCGAGGACUCCUUCCGUACCGACCGGCUUUAGUGGGGGGGGGGACCCCGAGAACACCCGGUGAGGGCACAGAGCCACAGAGAAACAAAAGGCCGUUUCCCACUCGCGAAACUCUGGGUGUUGCUCAAGCAGGACAUUUGUGGGGGGGACAGAGAUUAUGCGUGCCUCCUCCGAUCACAGUGCCCUUCCUUAGAGAGACCUGUGGCUUCUAGCUCACAGUCUGCGCCGGAAUCAGAUUUUACAGAGAGCGAGCCCGGAUUGCAAAGUACUUGAGGGGUUGGUGUUGGGGAGAUCAGUCCCGGAGCCCAGGUGUAAGAACAUCAGAAGAGCCCUGCUGGAUGAGACUAGUGGUCCAUGUCUCACACAGGG